CACAGAAGGCCACAUAAAACACAAUGCAUAAAACAAAUAAAAGUUAUUUAUUCUUUCCAGAUAAAAAAAAAAAAACAUCCAGUUUUGACGGCUUUGAUACUUUUAGAAACAUUAAGACACAAACAUGAUGAUCUUCUGUUUUUCCUGGACGUCGAUUCAGCUAUUUAGUAGACCCCUAUUUUUUAUCCAUAUUAAUAAAAGUUGUGAUUAAUUACAUUUUCUUUUGCUCCUAUUUCAUUGUGUUGUUUUUCACCAGAGAAGUGGAUUCGGGUCAUUUGACGUGAAAUUGAGUCAGACAACUUUCAUGAAUAAAUAUCACAAAGAGACUUAAGACUCGACUUGAACUUUCACAUCAAUGAGUCAUGACUUUAACUGGACUUGAACCAUUUUGCAUGAAAAAACGUGAUAUUUUUUUCCAAAUAGAAAGUGUGUUACAAUUUCUAAAUGCCUUCGCAGCAUCCAACCCACUGCUCAACCUUAGCAUGAGCGAUAACUCUGCUAGCUGGUUUAGACUUGAUAGCAGUUCGCAGCUGCUACCAAGCUAGAAGCGUAGUGACCGUUUCUAGGCAACCGUGACAGCAGCAUGCGUUCGGUGGCGUUCUGCUUAGGUCCCGCCACACAAUUUAGUUGACCUUAAUAUUGCCUGUGUUUUAUUUUCGUCAUUAUUGUUACACUUGGUGUUGGUAUGUGCGUUGAUAGGCGUUCCUAUCGGACAUCUGUAGAAAUACGGAACAAAUCUUAUCCCAUAUCAGUUCAAUACUGGACGCAACAUUUACCAGCCAAAUAAGGGACGAUUCCGUAUUUUGCGGGACGAAUGGCAAUUUUCACUGCUCCUCUGAUCGAUUUCUCGGUAAAACAACUCAUAUAAUCAUGUCAAGGUUGUAACAUUCAGUUUAAUCGGCAGCUGUUGUUUAAAAAAGAAGCAAUAACAAAAUUGUAAAAUAAAUAAAUAAAUAAACGAGGUCUUCUUACGCCGUUUUGUGUUGUUAUUUUAAACGCCAAGAGAAUCGGUCUUUUUCCAACUUUUGUCACUUAAGUCUGACAAAAGUUGACUUAAGUGACAUUUCUAGUAUACUACAUGCUAUCACACAUAAUAUUUUUUGAGAAUUUGAAAACAGUUGCUCUUUAUUUCCCAAAGUUAUGGGGGGAGGAUAGAGAUAUAGAGAUAUAUCUAAUCAUCAGCUGGGUCAACCAGCCCGCCCGUUUCCCCUUUUUCUGUUUUCGGGCACAAUGUUUCCUUUGACCGUUGGUCCUCGCACCCUGCUGUGCCAAAACGUCAUAACCACUGCAGAAGAGAGAGAGAAGCAAGUAGAAGGAUUGUCUCCUAACAAGUUUGAGCAGUUUUUGGAUUUGUCCAGACAAAAGAAUCAACAAUGAGUAACAGCAAUAAGGCAUCGUCUUCUCAUUCUUGGAAUGACAACAUGCAACUUGAUAGAGAGACACAGAAGCUACAUGACAUCUUGAAAGAUAUCAGCAUGAUGUCAGCAGAGAGACAGUCGCUGAUAAAAGCAAAGGAGGACCUGAAGAUGCAAGCGAGAAACAUUCAAAAAGCUGCACAAGACAUACACAAGCUGCUUCAGGAGAAAGACAGUGAAUUAUAAAAACUGUCUGAUCGAAAUAAAACUUUAAAGGAGGAUAACAUUACAUUGAAGCAGAUAAACACUGCCUUGGACCAGAAAAUCACCACGCUGGACCAGAAAAUCAACUCCAUGGAGCAGAAAAACACCACGCUGAAGCACAAAUACACCACACUGAAGCACAAAUACACCACAUUGGAGCAGGACAAAAACAUGUUGGAGCAGAAAAACAACACGUUGGAGCAGAAAAACACAGUCUUGGGUCAGAAAUACAGCUCACUGAAGAAGAUAAAAGCUGCCUUGGGUCAGAAAAACACAACCCUGGAGCAGAAAAGCACAGUCUUGGACCAGAAAAUCACCACCCUAGAGCAGGAAAACAUCGCCCUGGAGGAGAAAAGUAACGUACUGGCGAAAGAAAAGACUGCCUUGGAGAAGAGAAACAACAUCCUGCAGCAGAAAAUCACCACCGUGGAACAGGAAAAUGCCGCCAUGGAACAGGAUUUCACCGUCCUGGCACAGGAUUACACCGCCAUGGAGGAGCAAUGUAACACCUUAGUACACAAAAACACCACUCUGCAGCAGAGAAUCCCCUUUUUGGAGGUGAUAAAUCGCGACCUGGACUGGAGAAACCAAAACUUGCAACGGGACAACAUCAUUUUUGAGAUGGAGAACAACGACCUGCAGCAGCACAUCGAUGACUUGAAUCAGAGAAGAAGGGCCCUGGAGCGUGAAAAAACCAAGCUGUUGCUGUCAGUCACUUCUCUGGAGGUGAAACGCAUUGUCCUAGAGAAGACGAACACAGACUUGGAGGACGAAAAAAAUAAACUGACAAAGGAAAACACCACCCUGGAGCAAAAAUACGCUGCCUUGGAGGAGGAAAAAAGAGCCUUAGAGCAGAAAAACACCACCUUUGAGAAGGAAAACACCAACCUGCAUCUCGAAGUGGACCAGCUCAACAAAAGGCUGAGGGACAGAGUGGAACAGCAGAACCAGCAGCCAUCUGAACAGGAAACCCACGAAAGCAACCAGUCGGAUUCAGACCAGCCACAGAUUCGGCCGUCUGUAUUCAGACGUGUGAUCAAUAGACGUCUGAAUAUGUUCCAAAGAGGCACUUUCAGGCAAUGGCUUGAAAGAUGGCACUUCUAAAUAAAGAAGUGUCAUGAGGGCUCCAAACUUCAUGUUUGAUUAUCGGUGGCAGAAAAGCUUGAGGACAACAGGACUGCAGUGUCAGGGGAGCUUGACACUUGGGGCAGUUUGUGAAACAGCUCAAUGCUUGAAAGUUGUUGGCAGGAGAGGCAGGGUUUCAUAGCGAGUCCCAUUGGUCAUAGCGACAAGGCUCAGGAGGUCAGCCAGGAUGGACACAUCCCCAAGGUUCCCGCUCUGCCUCCAGCGUCCACCAAGGUCUCUACUCUGCCGCCGGUGUCCUCCAAGGCUGCUGUUCCGCCUUCAUCCUCCUCAGAUUCUUUUGGUGUUCUUUAGUUGUUUCCAUUUAAUUCUGCCUUGUUUUCCACAUCUGUUCUUCAUUGGUGAUUCUAAUUAUGUGUAUUUCUUGUUUCUACACUGUUAAAAGUCAUGCCCUCAAUUAGUUACAACGUUUUUCUAUAAGUUACUUCCAAUUAACAUAAUGAGAAGGAGAAGGGCUGCUGCUCUGCUUGGUUUGCCACGCUACAUAUCUGGCAAAGAUCCAUCAACUGUCAUCAGGAUGUGUGAUGUAAGACUAACAAAUGUUAUUACAAAAACUGUUUACAUAUUUACCCAUUCCUCUUUCUUGCUAUCAUUUCUUUAAAAUCUUUUUGUAGCAUUUGUGUUUGCAAAAACUUAUUUUUAGUCCUUGUUAAGACAUUACGUUGACUUUAAUCUUAAUAACUUAAUGUCUCUUUCAUUUGUGUCCUGCAAGAGAUGAGAGUAAGAUUAAUAUCUUUUGACAAAUUAUGCCUUGUUUUCUAGCCAUCUUCAGUUCUGCUCACAUCUUUUGCAAGGCAGUCCAAAGUGUCUUUGAGUGGCUGCUUCUUUCCAGAUUUGGUUGCUGCUCUGUAGACCUCCAGCAGUCUCAAAACCAGGCCAUCAAGUCCGUCAAGAAAAGAUUCCGGAAGGUCUGUGAUGACGAUUCUUGUAAAUUCGGUGGCCCCAAUCCUCUUCCGUAGGGAACGGAUUAUAUCAGGUGGCUAAAAUAUUUGGUUCCCCUCCUUUAACUUUGGCAAAUAAUUUCAGGCAGCUGAAAUAUCCAUUCUCUCCUCUCCCCCCCCCAUAACUUUGGGAAUUAAAGAGCAACUGUUUCCAAAUUCUCAAAAAAUAUUAUGUGUUAUAGCAUGUAGUAUACUAGACAUGUCCUUAAUCCAGUAAUCUGUCAUAUUUCACAUUAGACCAGGAUUUACCAGAAAGUCUACACUCUUUUCAGGAAGUCUUCAUUUUUGUGCCCUGCUAUCAGCCAGCUUCCAUCCUCUUAUAUCAGCAAUGAAAAAUGAGAAAUACACACUACGUGUUGGAAAACUGUGUUUGGUGACUGACUUUUAUUUGUCAGACUUAAGUGGCAAAAGUUGGAAAAAGACCGAUUCUCUUGGCGUUUAAAAUAA